CUACAUUUCCUCCUUGUUUGGAUUUGGUGUGUGAUUCCAGUUAGGUCACUUAUGUUCGUGGACAAUGGUGGGUCGGAGUCAGUGACUUACUUGCACGAUUUUCUCUCUUUUUCGGCUGGAAUCCCAUAUUAAGCGCUCCGCGAUGGGUAAUCACAACACACAUCCAGAUAAUUCCAAACGAUCUCUCUCCAGGAACAGCUCCAGCGUCGAUAUUCAGGAGAAGUCUCAACUCCUGCCCAUUGAAAAGUUGGCCAAACUACUGGCUAACAAAAGUCUCACGGAGGAUGCUAUCGAAGGAAUUGGCGCAAGUGCAUUUAAGAGAUAUCUAUUUCCCAACUACCCAGAAUUAUCAAGACGUUUGUUCUCGUUCCUUGCGGUCAACGCAGGCUUACCUGGAAGCUCACAUGUAAUUAGUCCGAACCAGUUCAAACUUCAGAGUGAAAAACUCCUGGGAAUUCUAGCCGAAGAAGAACAAGUAUUGAUGUAUGUUCGGAUGUUUGCUGACAACAGUGAUGAGAUAACACCAGAACAGUUUAGAGACUUACUGUUCAUAAUUUACAAAAUUGCAAUGGAUCACUACGCUGAAGGACCGCAGUCCUGUCGUCAGACAUUUAAAACAAUCCAAGCUGUAGUUGAUUCUGCCUUCCACAAAAAAAAUGUUGUUGGCGUCAACUACAUGACCACCUGGCUCCUUGGAAACUGCCCAAGAUUAGUAAUUUUGUUACAUCGCUACAUCGUCCACAUUUUGUCUACUUCUUACCGUAUAUUAGUAGAGAAACAAGCCACUGAUAAACCUCCCGAACUAGAAUUAACAACACCUGUGCUUGAAAAGUCAUCUCCAUUAGACGAAACGCCACAACCACUCUUACCCUUGUCGCAAGUGUGGCUUUUGACAACAACUUUACCACCUCUGUACACUCGACCCACCUUGACCUCACCUUCAAUAAAUACUUCCUUCUCUGCUCAAAACUUCCUUGCAAAAUUCUUGGAUUUUUCUUGCCCAUCGCACUGGACUAUACUGUACAACAGUUCUCAACAUGGCCUUGGUGCCAAUAGGUUCCUACAUCAUACGUUAAGUUACCGCGGUCCCACGCUCACUUUUAUUCGCGGAGAGAAUGACCUAGAGCUCUGCUGUGGCGCCACUGAUGAAUGGAGAGAGUCACAUGUUUACUGGGGCCGUGAAGAAUGCAUUUGCCUGCAGAUUUUACCUCUUUUCAAAGUUUUGGAUCGUGGUCCCAAGCUGAUGUACCUGAACACAUCGAUCAGGGGUUAUCCAUUAGGUCUUAGAGCAGGUAAAGACACCCGCAAGCCUUGCAUAGAAGUUAAUAAUUCCUUUGACCAAGUCAUGUUCAACGGUGUGCCAUUCAGGCUGCACAGCGUGGAAGUCUGGGGCUGCGGUACACCCCAAUCAAGAGAAAUUCAACUGGAUAUCAAACAAUGGCAACUGAAGCAAGUUGAAAAGCAGCGUCAAGUCAAAAUGAGCUCAAAAGAUUGGCUGGAUCACCCCGACAGAUAUCUACUUGAAAUGGCUGGCAGACAAAAUUACACACCUAGCUAAUCAAGAAUGGACACCAAGUAUUGUAAUUUCAUCCUAAUGCUUUUCCAUUAAUCCUUUUUUUUGUCCUGCACUCUCGCCUUAACCAAUUUUAAGAAGACAGAUGGAUUCAGCUGUUGUAUCAAUUUCUUGCAGACGAACUUAGUAAUUAUUUUAAACCUAAGUGGUGUUUAAAUGUAAUUUCAGGAUGAGAAAUAAAGGACAAUCUUUUAUUUCUUUGGAUUUGAAAUUUGAGUUUUUUGACAAGCGUAUAAUUUUAACGUGAGGACUCUCAAUGCAUUGCCUUGAUUCGUAGUUAUCUACUGACCUUUUGCAUUAAACGAAAUGAUACUAAAGCUUCACAUGGGUCAGUAACCUGCUCUCUUUUUUUUUUGCAAUACUGGUAAUGAUUUUCCAUCUCACAUGAAGAGACAUGUGGCGCAGUGUGCUCGAAAUGAUGCAGAAAGUUGCAUUGUCCUCAUAGAUCCUCAGGAGCACCUGCGCACUGUGAAAAGCGGAGGAAACAUUCCCCGUAAAAAUGAUGAUCUCAGUAACGAAAGAUAGGAAUUUUUGGAUUCUUAGCUGUCAGUAAAGCUGUGUACUGUUUCAAGCCUAGCUUGAAGAUCAGGAAGAGACCUAAUCUUUGUGGAUAUUAAAUUAAAUGGAAUUAUAGAAGAAGUAAAAUGACAUAAAUCUUUAAGGUGUAUGACUCAAUAUGCAUUCUCUAAGAUGAAAAAACAAGUUUCAUGAAUCAACUUUUAACCAAUAAAAAGUGCUUUUCAUUUAUGUUCACAUGACGCUUCAGUUAAAAAGUUGUUAAGUUUUUCGUAAAAGCAAAAGCUCCAAAUGCGUUGUUUAGAUCUGAAUAAAGGCAGUGGCAAUAGUGAAGCAAGUUGAUAAAAUUCUGAAAUUUCAAGUGAGUGCACCAUGUUGACAUAUUUGUAAAAAUCAAACUGGUCGAAAAUUUGGUGGAAAUGAAUCGGUUCAAUUGUACAUGAAUUUGACUUGAAAUAUCUAGAUUUCUCCUUUUGAAAAAACACCAUUUUUGGCACCUUAUCAAGUAAAAUAUAAGUCAAGUUAAAGAAGGAGGUUCUUUUAAUUUAUUAAGAUCCUCUUCAGUCUUCACGUGCUCUAACAAAGAUCCUUGCCUCUAUCCUUGAUCCCAAAAAAAUUUCUUUUAAGUGUAAUUAAAAAACUGAAUGUAGACCAUUUCCUCUGUUCUGUGAGUAUUUUUUAGUAUUUGUGUUUACUUCUGACACCAGAAGUAAGCUAAUUUUAAAUUUCUGUUUUAACCUUUGCAACCGUAGUUGCUGUUGAGUUGCUAAUUGACGAACUGGCCCUUAAGUCUUUUUGAGCGUCAUGACCAAUUCAAUUGGGAACAGAGCUUCUCUAGUGACAGAAAAAAAGUUAUUGGUCAUGCAGUGGCGAUAGUCUGGUGGUGACAGUAACAGACUGUCGCCAUUGAAUCGAAGAUGUUACCAUUGAAUUGUUCUGUUCAAUAAAAACAAAACUUAGUAGGGUUUUUGAACAGAUAAAUUAUGGUGUUGUUUUAAAUUGGCUUUUGCUAUCACUUAAUCACAAUCGUAAUCUGUAUUCAUCACCUGAAUUAAAGUUCCAGACAUUUUUGUGGCGCAGGAAAUUGUAUGGUGCAAUUUUAUUUUUCUGGGAGGGAGAGAGGCAGUAGAGUGAAAUUUUUGUGCGUAUAAAUUUUCAGGGAUCAUAGAACAAUGAAUGGAUUUAACGGUCCUGUUCAUAAAAUAUGUAACACUAAAUUUUAGAUAUUUUAACCUCCCCCUUCCCCCCUAAUGCUUUUGUGACAUAGGUCCCUACCCCUUAACAUGUUAAAAAAUAUGGUGUUAUACUUUUUUUGAACCGCCUAGAGAGUUGCGUUCUUUACGUAAGGCCCCACAUUGAGAUGAAUUCUCGGAUUGUUUGCCCGAAGCUUUAAUUCUUCAAAAUUCUGAGUUACAAUCAUUGGCUAAUUUGUUUAUCAAAUUGUUUUUGAGAUGAGCAUCCUAAAAUCUCUCAACAAUUUCAACAAUCUCUGUGUAGUAUUCAAUAUUCUUUUUCAUUUAUUAAAUAAAAAUUUCAGAGUAGCUAAUGCUUAUUUGUGAGGACUAAAUUAAGCUUAAACAGAUAAUCUAUUUUGUUUAAUAAUGUCUUUGAAAUCAAGAUUGAAUAUAUGAUAAAAUAUGACAAAUAUGCCAAUAUUAUGCGGACAAGUGAAUGUUUUUACUGUGAGCUCUUCAAAUAAGAAAAGCUUAUCAACCAAAACAUUAAAAAAAAAAACAUUUUAAGAAGAAAAGCAAGCUCCUCUCAAUUUAUAAUGCUAGUAUGUACUGAUUAUGGUGCCAAGAAAUAACUAUUUUGAAAAUGAAUUUAUUGUUAAGUAUUUUAGCAAAACUUUUCACGCCGACAAAUUUUAAACUUUUUAUUGUAGAAGAAAAUUUAACACUUCGGAAGCUUAGCUAGCAAAUUUCCUUUACAUUCUUCCACAAACCAGAAGUGGAAAAUACACUUUUGCACAUUAUCAAGGACCUUUAUUUGGAUUCAGUUGUGCCAAUUUUAUUGAAGAACCUGAGUCCAGCUUUGUAAUUUUAUUCAGUUUCUUCAAUCUGGGACUUUCUGAAAUUUUGUGAUAAGAGAAAAAAGGUCAUCAUACAAUGCCUUAUUUCAUUGUAAUUAGCUUAAUUUUUUUAGCAUGAUUUUAUUUUAUGUAAUGCAACCCCACAUUAGAAGUUUGCUUUGAGACGGAUUGAUAUUUUUAUUUAAAUUUGGAAUUAUUAUUGAACAAAGGAGUCUUUUUUGGAAUAUAAAAUAUGCUGGGGAAUGAAGUAAAAACUUGAUAUUUCUGAGUAGAAGUAGUAUUUUUUUGGUGUCUCUCUAGACACAAUUACCAAACUAAUAUCAUAUUUAUUGUAAAUUCUUCCUUUGUAAUAUUUUUUUUAACUAAUUUAUAAUUUCUAUUUAUAUUUCCACUACUCAAAAUUUUGGUAUUUGAUUAAUUGGUAAGAACCCAUUUUAUUGUCUGUAUUUGAGAGCGGAAUUAUUGCUGAGUAUCUCAAUAACAUCCUGUCGUUCAGUAAUGAUUUCAAGUAUAGGAGCAAAUGAAGUGUGUAAGAAUAAUUGGAUAGAAUUUAUCCAAACGGUCAAAUCUACGUAGUGGUAUUUCAAAAUCUCAUCUCCUUUUUUAAUUUUUCGGAAAGAAACCAACCAAAAUCCCCACUUAAAAAUUGCUGAAUUUACCUUGCCCUCACAAAGGUUAUUCCCACUAAUAAUUUGAAAAUAUUGGUUAGUUUCCUCCAAAAAAGUUAAAGAGGAGGUAAGAUUUUUGUAGCCCUGUAAUAAAGGUCUAACCGUGUUUUGCUUAGAAUCCAGGACAAAUAAGUUUACCCAUUUUGAGACUGCGACAGAUGAUCCGCCAUCUUGCUUCAUGCAUUUACUUUACAUGUAAAAGUGACGUCAAAUGAUCUUCUGUGGCAGUCAAGAAGUGUUAAACUUAUUUAACACUGACUCCAACCCUAACCAAUUCAUUCAACAAGAUUUAUAAUGACUAUGUAAACAGUAAUUUGUUUUGCCACCAAUUUUACUCCUAGCAACUUCAACCUACCUUGAGAAUCCAGUUUGGCGUAUCUGUCCAUGUGUAUCUGUUUUUGUAUAUAUCACUAUGUCUCAAUUAUUACUAAUUCUAGUUAAUUUAAAGAGUCUAGUUAUUUUUUUAAGUGAAUUACUAGGAUUUAUUUUUUUUAUAUAUAUUUAUUUAUAUAUAUAUCUGAGUUGUAUGCUAUAUAGAGAAUUUUAGUCAUUUUUCAAUUUUGAAGUGUCAUUUAAGAAGCUUUUGCACAUUGUUCCCAGUCGAGGCGAAAGCAUGAUGAAAUCAAGCAGUCAGUACUUGUUAGGUGUACAAGAGCUUGUUUGUACUAAUUUUGCUCCAUACAUAUGGAUGAGACUUCGUUCUUUUCAUGGUUUCUUAUCUUGUCCCUUUUACUCAUCACGCUGGCAGUGGAGGUGCAUUUCAGCGAACAUAAGCACUGUUAGACACCUGCAACUGUCAUGUCCCCAAAUUUCAAUCCUGCUGUUUUUAUGGACUGAAGUCAAAAAUGAGCGAUAGUUUAAACUUGAAUUAGAAAACAUGUUUUGAGAUAUUUUGUGGAGUCUGGAGAUCAUAACUUGUAGAUGAAAAGAAUUAUCAUUCCACUCCCUGAUGUUCAUCAGUCACUCAACAGCACCUGACACCAUUGUCACUGUGUUAAUCUGAUCAUGAUAAGAAAAGUACAGUUGGCUCCUAAUUUUAUGUUUAUUCCUGACCUAUGUAGAAAUUUUUAUCUAUCUCAGCGUUUAUGUUUUUCAAUCUUUUCAGAUUUUUUCAGUUUGAAUAAUUCUUUGCUUUGAUGGCAAGAAGGACCAACUUUUUGAUCUUUUCCCUGUUCAUUGAUAGCAAUCUUUCUCUUAAAUUUUUGUUUUCCAGCAGUUUCUUAAAUCUGUUAGCGCCCUCUGGCAAAUCUUCAGGUUGGUCCAGGAAUGUCUUUAGAAUUAAGGUUUUUUAAGUUUUUAAAAAUUAAAUACAACAUUAAAUAUCCGUAGACUUUGCAGUGCUAACUUUUCUUUUUUAUUUUAUUUAUUUAUUGAGGCUUUUAGUGUGUUACUUGAUGCCCAAAUGUACUCCGCUUUUUAAUUUUUAAAUAGGGUAAUCUCAAAUCUAAAGUGGGUACUCUCUGCUUUUCUGAAGUGGAAAAACGAUUAACCAACCAAAAUAAGUAUUAUAUGAAAUGCAUCCCAAAUCAGGAUCAAAAGAGAUGUCAUUAGUUUAAUCAUUUUUUAAAAUUUACAAAUGUACAAUUGCAAGAAAGUUAUUGGUAAAGUUCAAUUGCGAAUUUUUAAUGAACAUAUACACAUAAAUCGGCCGAUGUUUAAACAAAAAACGUCCAUUAUUUGAUGAACCUUUUAAUAAGAUCAUUCUGGUGAAGCCACAAACUGACCAGCAAAUGAACUUAUAAGGUUUUUCAUGAACAGAUUAAUGUCAAGUUAAAGCAUUGUUGCCAUAUACUUCAGAAAAAUCAGCAUUUUAAGCGAAAUCAAAAUAUAAUAUCCUAAUUUUAUUGCACAUCCUGGUAACCUAGAUUUAAUGACAUAAAAAAAUUGGUAAGGGCAGUGAAUCGCUAGAUACUGACCAAAUUUCAGACUUAAAAUUGCUGAAUUAGUCAUUUGGAUGAUCCAGAGUCAUCUGCAUUUUUGUUAUAGAGUGAAUUAACAGUCACUGUGUACUGGAGCGCCACUGAAGUCAAUCCUUGAUCGGUGGUUUUCUGUUCCCUGAGCAAUGAGACCAAGCUAAGACUGUUUUCGCAGUUUUUGACACAGCGGCCCACUGAAAAAUUGUCGGCUGGAGUGUUUUUUUUUUGGAAUUUAUUCAUUUAACCAAUCAUUACUCUUGUGGAUUUUGAAGAAUAAUGUUGACCAGCAUCAGAUUACGGUACUCAAGGUUCUUAUGUAAUCAAGUUUUACCUGAACUAGCUUAUGUGGCAUCGCCAGUCACCGCACACCAAUCUAAGCGGAUAAAACAGCUUCCAAAAGUGACUUCGGCGGCACUCCAGUACGAAGCGCCUAAAAUGUACUCUGAUUGUAUUGCGAUGAUGUGUGAGAGUUCCCAUGAUGGUCAUAGGUUAGCCUUUUUUACCUUGACAUUCUUUCCAUUAUUUUCUACGUUUUUAGUUUUUUCUCCCAAAACUUUGUUACAUUUUUUUACAGUCCAAGUUUAUGGCAUUGUACCAUUAAGUCAGAAUGGUUGUACUUAACUCAUCUUCCAAAAGCCAAGCCAAAGGAUAUAGAUGGAGAUAGAUAUGUGGAGAAGUUUCAAGCAACCCUCCAUUUGUAACAUUAUCUCUAUUUUCAUUUAACUAUGGAGUUGAAUCCGUCCUUAAUCAUCCUUCCCAAUCAUUAAAAGGGUUUAGUCUAAGAGCAUGAAACUUACAAAUGGAUUAUUUAAGUACUUAGUGACGAAGAUAUGAAACUGUUAAAAAGUUGAGGAUUAAGCUGCAUUUAAAGAUUAAGAAAAAGUAAAAAUAACAUGUAUUCAAUCAAAGAGGGUGAUAAUACUUCAACCUUCAAUUUAUUUUAUUUUUCUCCGUUUUUUAUCUAUUGGUUUUCUGAAUUACUAUAUUUGUGAAAUUGUCAGAAGAAUCCAAUGUAUGUUUUUGCUUUUUUUUAAAAAAAAAAUUAAAUAAAAUGACUCAACUUGAAUUUU